AUGCAGGCUCUUAAAUGGCGAAAGCAUCUUAAACCUCUUCUAUUAACCUGCAAAAACCAAAAAUCCAUAGCUAAAAUUCACGCUUUCAUGAUUCUAACCGGCUUUUGCAUCUAUAAAAACUCCGUUUGCAAUCUUAUAGCAUCUUAUGAGCGAGUUGGCGAUAUCUCAUCAGCUCGUAAAGUGUUCGAUAAAUUGUCUAAUAGAGGCGUAGAUUCGUGGAAUGCGAUGAUCAUUGCCUAUUCUCGUAAAAAACUUCCAAAAGAAGUUCUGGGUUUCUAUCGUCAGAUGAUGGUGGAAGGCACUAGGCCUGACAGCUCCACUUUUACCAUGGCUAUUAAGGCCUGUGCUAGCUCGAUGGACUUGAAAAUGGGGGAGGAGAUUUGGCGUAAAGCGGUUGAUUUCGGAUAUCAGAAUGAUGUCUUUGUAGUGUCUUCUGUUUUGAAUUUGUAUGUUAAGUGUGGUGAAAUGGAUGACGCGAUGGUGGUGUUUAACAAGAUGCCAAGAAGGGAUCUUGUCUGUUGGACUACUAUGGUAACAGGGUUUGUGCAGAGUGGGCGGACAAAUGAGGCGAUUGAUUUGUAUAGAAAAAUGCUAAGGGAAGGGAUGGAAGGAGAUGGGGUUGUGAUGUUGGGGUUGAUUCGGGCAUCUGUAAAUCUUGGGGACUCAAAGUUGGGACUUGCUAUUCAUGGAUAUAUGAUUAGGAAAUGUCUCUCCAUGGAUGUCGUGGUUCACACUAGCAUUCUCGAUAUGUAUGCGAAGAAUGGAUAUUUGGAAUAUGCUUUGCACGUCUUCAAGAAGAUGCCUAUUAAGAACAAUAUUUCUUGGGGGGCAUUGAUUUCUGGCUUUGCUCAGAAUGGCUUUGCUAGAAAUGCACUAGAGUUGUUGGGAGAGAUGCAGGGCUGCGGAUUUAAGCCAGACUUGGUGUCCCUUGUAGGUGCUCUUAUGGCAUGUUCACAGUGUGGGUUGUUAAAACUGGGUAAAUUGAUACACGGAUGUAUCACUAGAAGGCUUGAUUUGGAACAGGUUUCCGGCACUGCAAUGAUUGACAUGUAUGCGAAAUGUGGAUCACUUUCUUAUGCCCGUGCAGUCUUUGAUCAGAUAGUUUCUAGAGAUAUAAUCUCUUGGAAUGCAAUGAUUGCCAGCUAUGGGGUGCAUGGGCAUGGAAAGGAAGCUAUAUCACUCUUCCAUCAGAUGACAAACAUGAGCUUAAAACCUGAUGAUACAACUUUUGCUGCACUUCUUUCGGCUCUCAGCCACUCAGGACUGGUGAACGAAGGUCAAUACUGGUUCAAUAUGAUGGCUAAUGAAUAUAAUAUCCAACCAACUGAGAAGCAUUAUGCCUGUAUGGUUGAUCUUUUAGCUCGUGCAGGACAAGAGGAAGAAGCUUAUAGACUAAUCGAGUCUAUGAACAAUGAACCAGGGGCAGCCGUUUGGGUUGCUCUACUGUCUGGCUGCUGCAAUCAUGGGAAGUUGUCCAUUGGGGAGGUGGCAGCAAAGAAGGUCCUUGAGUUAAAUCCAGAUGACUUGGGAAUCCAUGCAUUGGUCUCAAACUUUUUUGCCAAGGGAAACAUGUGGGAUGAAGUAGCUGCAGUAAGGAAACUCAUGAAAAACUCGGGAAAGAAGAAAGUACCUGGAUACAGUGUCCUGGAUGUGAAUGGGAAACUCCAUGCUUUCGUUAUGGGAGAUAAAAGGCAACAUGAAUAUGAAGCUAUAGCAUAUGCCUUGGAUAUAUUGGACCGUGAGAUGAGUUUCAUGGUCAAUUGAAGGGCUUCCUGUUGCUUUCAGCCUCUACAACUCAGGUUUAUGGAUCCUCACUGCUGGAUAAUGACUGUUUGAACCAAGUUUGUUUUGUUGCAAGGAUUGUGGAUUGAGGAUAAUUGCAGGAACUAGCAGGUUCUUUUCUCCGAACUGCCUUCGACAAUGCAGCGAAGAAAUCCAGCCUUCUGUAAAUUAAGCUCUU